UACAACCCGCCAUUAAUGGGACACUUGCAACACAGUUACGCUACCGGUCCAAGUUAUUUUUCUCAGCAGCCUCCUUUCAAGCUUCACAUCCCCGUCGAGAAUUCGAGAAUGGAUCAGGGGAAAGAAGAUGGAGAAGUGAACAGGGAGAAAACGCACGAUAAUGAGACGCAUGGCACUAGUGAUGACAUUGAUGAGAAAACACCGAUAGACAAAGUGAAAGGCCCGAACCUUUUUGAGAGGGCUAAGGAAGAGAUUGAGGCGCUUGUAGAAGCUGUCCAUCCAAAGAAAGAAAAGGUCGAUAAGAAUGAAAAAUAGAAAAGCUGCUUGCUCCAAAUAGAAAGAUGGCCUUCUUUUGUAUGCUCGAAGGAACACAUAAUGUAGUUCUCAUCAAAGUUUCCUUUUUCUGAGAAUCGACUGGAAGGUUGCAAAUUGAUAUGUAUUUUACUUUUUUCUUUUUUUUUGCUCCAAAUCACUUCAUACUUUGAGUUUGUUGCCCUAGCUGGCAGUGUUGAACAAAAUUGCCGUUCUUAUGGAACUUUUUGAAGGGUUUGGGUUGACGCUAAA